CAGGCUGCUGACGGUGCAGAGGAGAUCUGUCGGACUGUUGAACGUGAAGUCUCAACAGUUUGAAGUUGUCCAGACUCUGGCGUUCGACCCGGUGGCCUUGGCCUUCGACGCCGUCCGAGGCCGUUUCUUCUGGGCCGACAGCCGUGGCAGCAUUUACAAAAGUGAUGGACGUCAAAGCUGGACAACCUACACUGGAGAGCCUGGAAUCAAGAGUCUGGCUUGUGAUUGGCUGAAUGGAAACAUCUACUGGACCAAUCAGAAGACAGAGGCCAUCUACAUGCAGGCAGCUGAGAGGAACAGUUACACAACUCUGCUGCGCAAAAACGUCAGCCCAUCAGAUCUGGUGCUUCUACCUGUGGAGAGCUCGAUGUUCUGGAUCAAUGCCGGCCCAGGCGACCGGGUGACGAUAGAGAAGUCGUGGAUGGAUGGAACAGAAAGGAGCUCUCUGACGGUCCUCAAUGCUCAGUCUGCCCACGGCCUCACUGCCGACGUGGCCGCCCGGAGGCUGUACUGGGUCAGUGACUCCAAGAAGUCUAUAGAGACGGUGAAGGUGGACGGGACGGGCCGCCACUCGUUCCCGGGACUGUUCAGCAGGAGAGCCGCUCUCAGCCUGGCUGUUUUUGAAAGCGUGUUCUACUGGGUCGACGACAGAGGACUGUGGCAGGUUCCACAGAACCGACCGAACCAGCAGAAGUUCCUUUGGAAAUCUGAUUCACCUCUGUUAACUGUUUUCCAUGAGCUCCAGCAGCCUCAAGGUUCUUCUGCAUGUGUCAAGACUCUCUGCCAACUCUGCCAGCUAACGAAAGGAAACUCUGUGGGAUUCACCUGCACUUGUCCAGACUUCAAAGUCCUGCUACCCGAUGGGACAUGUGAAUAUCCAAGAUUUGUAUACGCUACCGUUACUAACGUCAACCUGCUGGAGUUUAAAGAAAAACAGUCCACCGAUACUCUGCUGUUCACCACCGAGGACGGCAUCCUGUCAUUCGACCUGGACUGGCUGCGCGACUGGCUGUACUGGGCCAACCACACUGGCCACGUCCAACGCACCAGUCUGACCCAGGUCAAGACGGAGCUGGUGCCAACACCUUUGCCAGUUUGUCUUCUAAAAGUGGACACGAGGAGCGGGAGUCUGUACUGGGUGGCGUGUGACCGACACAGCAUCGGCACCACCACGGUCGACGGUCGAUACCCGCAGCAGCUCUACCACACCACGAAGGAGAUUCGAGAAUUCUAUCUGGACUGGCUGAGAGGUGGGCUCAUCUGGCUGGAGGAAAACCGAAUCCUCAGCAUGAGCGCGAAGGGAGGCAAAGCCAAAGAGCUGCUGCAGUUAGCGGGAGAAGUCACGGGGAGCGUGGCCUUCGACCUCCGGGCCAACAGUCUGCUCUGGAACUCAAAGAGGGCAGGCCUCACGACAAUGAGUUUGCUGCAAGUGAAGAAGCACCAAGCUGGAAGAAGGUGGAAAGUGUCAGGCUCUGUUGAAGCCGCCUCCGAGCCCUUCCUGUUGGCCCUCUCUGAUGACGUCAUGACUCUGUGGGACCGGCGUGGAGGGAGCCCCCUCCAAGACAUCGCAGUGAGGGGUCGUGUGGUCCAAGUGACCGCUGCACUUGGGGACGUUGGCACAGUGCCCAGUUCCGCAGUCUGCAGUGAACCAUCUGUGCUGUGCAGAAACUCACCGGUCUGCCUUUCACAAGCCCAGCUGUGUGACGGUAAACAGAACUGCCCUGAGGGAGAUGACGAGGAAUUCUGUGUUACCGCAUGUCCAUCGAAUGAGGAUUUCAAGUGCAAGGACCGUAGCAGUUGUAUCGGCAGGAAUCUCAUUUGCGACGGCUUCUCUCACUGUCGCGACGGCUCCGACGAAGUCGACUGUCCGACCGUGGCUCCUCCCGCAGCUCCGACCAAAGUGCUGAGGUGUCGCAUCGGCUCAAAGCCGUGUAGCGACGGCACAGAGUGCGUUUUAUUCAGCCACGUGUGUGAUGGAGAGAAGGACUGUAAAGACGGAUCAGAUGAACUGGGAUGUGAUGCCACUCCAACUAGUCCUGACAUCCCUCCAUCAACCACGCCUCCGGCUCCGACGCUGCCCGCCUGCAGCAGCCCGUCGGUGCUCUGUCCUUCUGUUCACCUCUGCAUUUCUCCGAGCCAGUUUUGUGACGGCCGCAACGACUGUCCCGAUGGAUUUGACGAAAUUAACUGCGUGAAAAGAUGUCCCACAAGAAACGAUUUUCGCUGCAAAGACCGUCGGAGCUGCGUCUCCAAGAGUCUGGUCUGUGACGGUCGCUCCCAUUGCCUCGAUGGCUCAGAUGAAGUCGACUGUCCGGCCGUAGUUGCUUCUGCAGUUGCUCCUGCAGCUCGGGCAAACGUCCGGAAGUGUCGCAUGGGCUCCAGACUUUGCCGAGACGGGACCGAAUGUGUCCUCUUCAGUCACGUCUGUGACGGAGAGAGAGACUGUCGGGAUGGAUCAGACGAAGAAGGAUGUGAUGCUGCAGAAACUGUCUCUGCCGUUCCUGCAGAAAAUCGCUUGAAUAAAUCUCCUGCUCCUGUGGAACCGUUUCCUGAGCCUCCCCCCAAACCAACCUGCACCAGUCCCUCAGUUCUGUGUGCGGGUUCUUCAUCAUGCAUCAAACCAACACAGAUGUGUGAUGGAAAAAGAGACUGCCCCGAUGGAUCUGACGAACAAUGUGUGAAGAAAUGCCCCUAUAAGACCGACUUCCGCUGCAAAGACCGUCGGAGCUGCGUCUCCAAGAGUCUGGUCUGCGACGGUCGCUCCCAUUGCUUCGAUGGCUCAGAUGAAGUCGACUGUCCGGCCGUAGUUGCUCCUGCAGUUGCUCCUGCAGCUCUGGCAAACGUCCUGAAGUGUCGCUUGGGCUCCAGACUUUGUCGAGACGGGACCGAAUGUGUCCUCUUCAGUCACGUCUGUGACGGAGAGAGAGACUGUCGGGAUGGAUCAGACGAGGAAGGAUGUGAUGCUGCAAAGAUCUCCACUCCACCUCCCAACAAGCCGGCCUGCACCAGUCCCUCGGUUCUGUGUCCGCAGUCGUCUGUCUGCAUCGACCCGACACAGCGGUGUGACGGAAAGAGGGACUGUCCCGACGGAUCUGAUGAGAACUGUGUGACCAGAUGCCAGUACACUUCGGAGUUUCUCUGUAAGGACCGUAGGAGCUGCGUCUCGAAGAGUCUGGUCUGCGACGGUCGCGCUCAAUGCCACGACGGCUCAGACGAGGUCAACUGUCUGACUGUGUCCACCCCUGCGUCUCGGGCUAACGCCGUGAGGUGCCGCGUGGGCGCGAGGCCUUGUAACGACGGCACAGGGUGUGUUCUGUACAGCCACGUAUGUGACGGAGAGGAUGAUUGUGCGGACGGAUCUGAUGAACAGGGAUGCCAAGAAACCUGCAGACAAGACGAGUUUCAGUGCGCCCACGGCAAGAUGUGCAUCCCCCGGGCUCAGGUGUGCGAUGGGACGUCGCAGUGUCGGGACCAGUCCGAUGAGCUUGACUGCUGGCAAAAAACCAAGAGCUGCGAGUAUCGCUGUGCCGACGGCAAGCGCUGCAUCCCAAAGAAAUUCCUGUGCGAUGGAGAGAGAGACUGUCUUGAUGGCACGGAUGAGGUCGGCUGCGAUCCUACUACUGUUGUUGCUGUAACAGCAGCUGGGCCUCCUGUCCGCACUUCCACGUCAGCCUGCAAGGCUCCUUCAGUCCUCUGCCCAGGCUCAUCGCUGUGCAUCUCUCAAAAUCAGCUGUGUGACGCACACCGAGACUGCCCUGAUGGAUUUGAUGAAAGUGACUGUGUGCUUCAGUGUGAGAGGCAAGGUGACUUCAUGUGCAGCGACCGGCGAAAGUGUGUUUCCAAGAUGGAGGUGUGCGAUGGACGCGCCCAAUGUCCCGACGGCUCCGAUGAGAUGCAGUGUCGAUCAGAAGAUCCGAUUGAUUCCUCCUCCAUCAACGCGCUCAACGCCAGAUCAGCACCUCUGAAGUGCCGCAAAGGUUUCAAGCCGUGCAGAGACGGCCUGAACUGUGUCAUGUACAGCCACGUGUGCGACGGAGAGAAGGACUGCCAGGAUGGAUCUGACGAAGACGGAUGUGCUGCUCAAUGCAAAGCAGGCGAGUUCCAGUGUUCUCACGGGAAUAGAUGCAUCCCACCGGAGCAGGUGUGUGACGGGGAGUACAACUGUCAGGACCAAUCGGACGAGAGGGACUGCUCGCAGUGGAGUGAGGGCUGCCAACGGCGCUGCGAUAACAACACUCGCUGCAUACCAGAGACCUUCCUGUGCGAUGGCGAGCGAGACUGCGCUGACGGGUCAGAUGAGGAAAAGUGUGGUCUGGUGGCGUGUGCGAUCAACCAGUACCGCUGCACCAGCGGCCAGUGUGUGUCCGAGGCCCUGAGAUGUGACGGCUACGCCGACUGCAGUGAUCACUCUGAUGAGAUGGACUGCAAAAGGCCGCCUCGCUGCGCGACUCGGCUCCGAUGCCCGCACAGCCACGAGUGCCUGCAGAAAGAGUGGCUCUGCGACGGCGAAGACGACUGCAAAGACGGGUCAGACGAGAAGAACUGUGUGACACCGCCUGCGAAGUGCAUGGAAUACCAGUGGCAGUGCGGAGACAGCAGUCAGUGCAUCCCUCAGUCCUGGAGGUGCGAUGGGAAAAACGACUGUCACAACGGCGCAGAUGAAGACAAAUGCAGCCAGAGAAAAUGCCCCUCCCACCUGUACCAGUGUGGCAGCGGUGAGUGUGUGGACCCCGGCCUGGUGUGCAACCGCUUCACCAACUGCGCCGACCGUUCCGACGAGGGCGCGGGAUGUGCUCAACGCAACUGCUCCAGCCCGUCGGCUCCUCGGUGUGAGCACCAGUGUGUCAGCACCCCGAGUGGACCGAGGUGUUACUGUGCGGCAGGGUUCAGACUUCAGUCCAGUGCGGCGUCCUGUGCGGACAUUGACGAGUGCACCGCGACGCCCUACGCCGUCUGCAAACACACCUGCCUCAACAACCGUGGGUCCUACGUCUGUCACUGCCACCCUGGCUUCUACCAGGAGCCCGACAAGAGCUGCAAGACGAAAGACGAGCCUCUGCUCCUGGCGUCGGUGCAGUCGGAGCUGUUGCUCCUGGGAGUCCACAACGGCAACUUGCGUCUCCUCUCCUCGGCCAAUCGGCCGGUCUUCUCUCUGGAUUACCACUGGACACAACAAAGAGUUUACUGGCUGAGCCCCGACUAUCAGAGCAUCCGCUGGGCCGACAUGAAGGACUCGAAUAAAAAAGGGACACUCGUCAAAGGAGUGAAGUCUGAUUUUAUCGCGGUGGACUGGGUCGGUAAGAACCUGUACUGGGUGGACGGACUCGUUGGCCAAAUUCUGGCCGUGAAGCUCAGCAACGCGACGGUGAGUUCGCAGAACUACACCGUGGUGCUGGGUGAAGAUCUGGAGCAGCCAAGCUCAUUGGUCCUGCUGCCCCACAGAGGCCUGAUGCUGUGGUCUGGGAUUGGCAGAACCCCUCUGAUUGAGCGGUCUGGCAUGGACGGUUCAAAGAGGAAGGUGGUGGUGAAGCGAGGGUUGAGCUGGCCCGUCGGUUUGGCCGUUGACCUCCUGGACAACCGGGUGUACUGGGCCGACGAGAAGCUGCGCUGCAUUGGCUCGGCCUCUCUGGACGGAGACAACGUCAAGAUCCUCCAGUUAGCCGAAACUCCAAGCCCUUUCUCUGUGGCGGUCUUCAACGACCGAGUCUUCUGGUCCGACACGAAGAGACGAACGAUCCGCUCGGCUGACAAGAACUCCGGAAAAGAUCAGAAGGUUCUGCUGAAGAGACCAGGACAACCAUUUGGACUGAAACUGAUGCACGCCCUCUCCCAGCCGGCCGUAUCCAGCCCCUGUGAUCAUCUGCGCUGCUCCCACCUCUGCCUGCUGGCCCCCGCGGUGAGGGGCAGGUCUGGAGCCCCGGGCUCACCCGGCGCUCCGGUGGUGAGGGGCCUUAUGGCAGUUUGUCGAUGCCCCAAGGGGCUGCUGCUUUCCAAGGACAGGAUCACCUGCUCUCUGCCCGCGGAGUCGACUUUCAUCCUGCUUUUGUCUCGCACGACAGUCUACCAGAUUUACUUGCACUCCAUGCAUCAAGACGGCGUUGCGCUUAAAACAAUGCCAAACAGUCGAGUUUUAGCCCUCCCCGGAGUAACUGAGGCCGUGGGACUAGACGUGUCCAUCCACGAGCUUUCUAUGUAUGUGGCCGAUGCAGCGCAGGGAUCUGUGGACGUGCUGAAACUGAGCGGCCCCAGGUCGAGGCAGGGGCUGACACCUGCUGGACAAGUCCUAAAGCUGAAGGAUGACACAGUCACAGCUCUGGCAGUUGACUGGGUGACCUCCAGCUUCUACUGGAGCAGCACCGACAGGCCCGACCUCCACGUGACCUCCCGCCAUGAUGGCUACACCACCUCCCUGCUGCAGGGAUCGCUGAGGGGCACCACGUCCAUCGCGCUGCAUCCCCCCUCGGGACGACUUUGCUACACGGCGAUAGCCGGGGCGGGUGAAGCCAGCCAGACGGAGGUGAACUGUGCCUGGAUGGACGGUCGUACGAGAGCAGUGCUGUGGCGGAAGUCCGUCGUCCCCACCUCGCUGGUCUUUUCUAAUAAAGGAGCCAUGAUAUACUGGGCAGACACUGGCGAGGGAGUGAUCAGCUCUAUUGGAGUGGAUGGAUCCGGUUAUAAACAGUACAAAACUGGUCCAGGUUUCCUCAUCUCCUUCACGCAUACUGAGAACUUCCUCCUCUGGGUAACCCAGGACAAAGAUGUUGCAAAACUGUGGUUCAGUGACGGACUUCAGCCGAAGCAACUGUGGUUUGAGACAAAGACCAGUUUGGUGGAAGUCAAAGCCUACAGCAACAGCAGCCAGUCUGGUACAAACAGCUGCUCCAACGACAACGGCGAUUGUGUCCACCUGUGCCUGCCCUAUCCCGGAGGUCGGACCUGUAAAUGCGGGCAGGGCUUCUACAGCACCGGCGCCACUUCCUGCGCCCCCCUGCCCGACUGCCCCGACGGAGAACGUUCCUGCGGCGACGGAACCAAGUGCGUCCGCAGCAGCAUGUUCUGCGACGGACACGCGGACUGUGCCGACCAGUCCGACGAACAGGACUGUCCGAACCACGACAAGAACGAUGUUGGGCCCAAGGACAGUGACGAUCUUCUCCCUCGCUCGUCAUCUCCUCGUUCAAACGACCAAAAUGAGAAAAACAGUGUUGAGGUCACAGACUCCUGCGACCUCCAGCACUGCAACGGUCACGGCAGCUGCCUCACAGACGGCAAAGUCACUCGCUGCCAGUGUGCGGCCGGAUACAGCGGAGAGUUUUGCCAAGAGGCGGAAAGUGGACAGAGUCACGUGGGCGUCGUCCUCGGCGUCUUCUGCCUCGUCGCUGCCUUGAUGGCGGCCACUCUUAUCUUUGCUAAAAGGAGAGCGUGGGCCUCCAUCAGAAGAAGAUCCACGGAGAAAGAAACUCUGAUGGCCAACAUGGGCCUGCCGUGUGAACACUACGAUUCUGACUCUGAGGAGCUGGAGUCCCCAGUAGACGCCAAGAACCCCCCGCUGUUGUUAAAGUCACUCCAGAAUAAAUAAAGACUUCUGCAUUCACGGGCAUGACGACACUGUGCUUCCAGUAAACGCCUGCUUCCUGGGAACCGUUGCGUCACGUUUGAUCGGACAUCACAAGUCUUAUCCGAUGAGGAAUUUCUUAGGUCCUGGAUUUCAACACCCUGAUGCAUGUUUUCUUAUAAUAAACCUAACUUUAAAAUGAACCAACAACUCGGGCUCCGUUUUGAAAGAGAUUCACAUCUGAAGGUUCCCUGCUAAAGAUGCCGCACGGACAUGUUGAGGAAAAUCUUCCUGACGCUAAUAGGUCAUUUUGAGACCGAAUCUAAUUCAGCUUAUUACAGGUGCAUAUAACAACCCAGCAUGUUGGAGCUGACGAUAACUCGAGAUUCGCAACAAAAAUAAGGAGUCGUCAAAUCGCAGACUUGGAGCAGACAGAUUUUUCGCCAAGUCUAAUCCGUGCACGUUUGCUUUGUCUGCUGUUAUUUGAAUCCCUUAAACCUGGUAUUAUUGUGUUGUUUACCUUCCUAAUUCUACUGUGGUGACACUGCUUAAGUGCUUUCGUGAUGGACAUCCCUCGUGUGUCUGUGACAAGGAAAGAGCCUCAUGUCUUCACCUGUAGGUUGAUGGUUCCUCUCAAAAACAGAGAAAUACUGUGCGCCAACCAAACGUGACUGUUUUAAUACGUUUGCGUGCUUGGUAGCCUUGCAAUA